AUGUUUGCUGUGAAGCGGAACGCCGUCAUCGGCUUCAACCUCUACUGCGGCGGCGGCCCGGCCCUGGCGUCCGCCUCACCGAGGGGGGGCCCGGCCCCGCCGCCGCCGCCGCCCGCCGCAGCCCCCGGCGCGCCCGCCGCCGCUGAGGUACCCCGGGCCCUGAUUGGCUCCGCGGGGGCCUGGGCCGCCGCCGGUCGCCCUGAGGUACCCCGCGCGCUGAUUGGCUGCGGCGCGGCCCCCCGCGCGGCGCUGCCCCCCGCGGCGCGGCCGGGCGCGCUGUGGAGCCCCGAGGAGGAGCUGGACGGCUGCGAGCCCGAGGCCGAGCGCGGCCCGGCGGGGGACUCGCUGCCCGGCACGCCGCCCGGGCCGCCGGAGCUGCCCGAUGGGCUGCGGCAGGACUCGCUGGAGCUCAUCAGCCGCUACCUGCGGGAGGCGGCGGGCGAGACCCAGCCCGGCGCGAAGAAGCUUUUCCCGGGGCUGCUGGGCGGGCCCGGCCGGCCCGGCGGAUCGGGCGAUGCCGUGAUGGAGAAGGCGCUGGAGACGCUGCGGAGGGUCGGCGACGGCGUCAUGCAGAAACACGAGCUCGCCUUCCAGGGAAUGCUUCGGAAGCUGGAAAUCCAGAAAGAGGAAGAUCUACAGUCUGUCUGUGAAGUGACUGCCCACAUGUUCAGUGAUGGAGUAACAAACUGGGGUCGAGUGGUGACGCUCAUCUCGUUUGGUGCCUUUGUUGCAAAACACCUGAAAAGCAUAAACCAGGAGAAGUGCAUCAGCUCACUGGCAGGGAUCAUCACAGAUGCGCUCGUCUCAUCUAAGCGCGAGUGGCUAAUGAGCCAGGGAGGCUGGGAGGGCUUUGUCGACUUCUUUCGAGUUGAGGACCUAGAAGGCAGCAUCAGAAACGUACUGAUGGCGUUUGCAGGUGUGGCUGGACUGGGAGCAAGCUUGGCCUACAUGAUCCGGUGAGCCAGGGUAUGCUGCAGAGGGACAAAAGUCUGGAUGGACCAGCUCUGUUUGGGGCUGGCGAGCUGAUCACUUCCUCCUGUGAGUACUUAUGAAGCUGGACUUGAGUGACCCAAGGAGAAUAUCUAGGCAUCCUCUGAGCAAUUCUUUCCUAAGAAGGAAGGUGUGAUCUGGUCAGAUUGUGGGUACCAAUGAGGAUUUAUUGCUUGGGGAACAGAAAGUAGAAGAAUUGAUACUCUGCUUCCUUCAAGAGGAUGGUGACAGAAAGCUCAUGUGGACUGCUUCAGUUUUAUCCAGGAGGGAACCGAUCUGCUUAGCAGCGAGCCAGUGAGCACCAACAGCUCUUGUCUGGACUGAAGCCUCCUGGGCUUGGCACAGCAGCUGUGCGUGGAGCAGAUGUUUCAGGGUUGUGGGUUUCUGGAAAUAGCAUCUUCUGCUGCUGGUGUCCUGCCUAAACUUGCGGCUUUUCUGUUGGAGCAGAAGCAUUGAAUGCUGGGUCUUGCGCGAGCCUGCGCCUGCCCCCAGGUGUGCUGGUGAGCGGACCUUUGGACGCUGCCGGCUCUGCACGCAUCUGCCCUCCGGAAUCGGUAGAGCCAUGCCAGCAGCCAAGGCGUGCAACCCACUGCUAGAACCUGGGGUGCUGGAGCUCUGCAUGGCCCCUUCCCUCCCAGCAGGGCUUCAGCCAGGUCACUGAGCAGGCA